CCUCAAUCGGGGAAAUCGUCAACAACGGGCAGAGUAGAACAAAACAUAGACCGCCAUGUCAACCGACAAUAAUAUCCCACCCUCGGCGAAACCGCUACUACCCUACAUUCGAAGUCGCCAGGAAGUUCAUCGAAUCCGCCAAACCUUGACCCUCUACUUACAAUCUCACAUCGUCUCCGCCUGCGACGAUGAGGUCACCACCCCCGCAAACACUAAUGACACUUCGCACGUCUCGCUCGGCGUCCCAAUCGACCCUUCCGCCAGUGUGAAGCGAGUCCCAUCCAAUCUAACCGGCGUGAGGAAAGAAUACCUGAAAGCCUUACAGGAAAACGCUGCUGCGAGGAGAGAGUACGACGAGCUCUCCAACCGUAUUGCCUUCAGAAGACCUCCAGCACAGGACAACCUUACUUCGACAAAAGGCCAUGAUACCCCGCCGCUGCACGACUACUUAUCCUCCAUUCGAGAAGACCGACGGUACGAAAAGUUACGUCUCUUCGACAAUUCUCUGAAAAGGCUUACUGGAGCCACCAAGCCGGAUGGCUAUGUCGCGGACGAAGAACAGCAAAAUACCCUGCUCGAUCAAGAAAAGCUCGAAAGUUUUUGGAACGGGCUGGGGUCGAGUCGAGAAUCAAACGAAGGAGUCCAAGCUCUGAUAUCGAAGCUGGAAAGAACGGUGCUCCGUGCCAAAGCAAAAUUGGCCAGAGAACAGAAUUUGCUGAAAGAAUUGAAGGCACGGCAGCUUUCCGAAGACGUCUCAAAUAAUCCAUCGCGAAGAGUUAUUGCACUUCAGUGUGUGCGAGAUGAGCUGGUACAAUGGGUAGAAGAAAAACUGGUCACGGCUAAUUCGGGCGAGGCGGCUGAGUUUGGAGAAUCGCCAAAAAAAAAUACAGCUUCUUCGCAAGCCGUUGAAGAACGCAAGGGAGAAAUUCGAGAGCAGUAUGCAAAAUAUCUCCAGGAGCGCAGGUUACUACUCGAGGCAUUGUCGCUUGUAUCUCAGCCUACAAAGAGCACCACGCCAGCUGCAGAAAGGUGUCCUAAGGGACCGUCAGAACCCGUUGUUACUAAUACAGCCGUCUGGAAUUCAAUAGACUUAUUUGGGCCUGCAUCUGAAUUACUCCUUCCUGGGUCCACGGUUCAGAGAUCCUUGGCUUUGCAGCGGUCAUAUCUAACUGGCUUAUUGUCCAAAGAGAAAACAAAUCUCAAACAGGCCUUGGAGCGCCUAAGCCACGAGAGCCAUCUCCUGCCAGAAUACCCUAUUCUAGCACGCCAUUCCAAAUUCAAGCAUAUCAGCAACAAUGCUGGAGGCCGGACCGACCGUACAGAAGGAGACCAAACCGACGAACUGUUGCAGAAAGCCCAGGCUUGGGCGUUUGCGUCCGAAGCGGCGAGCACCCAUGAAGGUGAUUAUGUGGAACAGAGGAUCGAGCAUGGAUUAGACAUGAGUGAGAGUGCCUCUAGGACUCUGCAGCAGGUGUACGGCUUGCUGAACCAAGAGAACAAUGCGGCUGCUGAGGAUACGGCUUUGGACGAAGGCAAUGAGACUGAUAUUUGGGUCGGCGAAGUCGAGUCACAUCGGCCACGCCGGAGACGUCAAAAGAAUGAUCAGCAACCUGGAAACCCGUGGGCACGAUUGAAUGGAAACGUUGGAUUUUCUGAAGGCUGAGUAGGAGUUAGAUAUUAUGUUGCUCAUAUACUAUUAAUUAUACCCAUCCGCAUUUCAUCCAAUUAUCUCAUCUCAUUGCCUACAAACAAGCAGUAGGAAGAUAUGUAUAUGUUUUCAAACAGUCUUUUAAC